CAAUCGUGAGGACGAGAUGUAUCCAGACAGUCAACCGCGAUAAGACUCCAUAGUGAUUUGGCGUGUGUAAAAAUCGUAAUUUAUCUCAGAUCUUCCGAGUGAUGAAUUUGACAUAAGUAACAAUAUUUAAAGUUGCUCAUAUUUUCCAAAAUUCAAGUAUCUCAACCGUACAUAUAUUUGAUCCAAGGUUACCCCAGCGAACUCGGUAUAGCCGGUGAAAAUGGUGGCUGGAAUUAUCAGCUGGUGUCCUUCAAAGAUCAGGGCCUUAUUUACGUCACGCGCGGUUCUCGUUCUUUUCCUCAUUUCCUCAUAUCCUCCAAAAGUGGCUCUUGCAGAUAAGGGGAAUGUGAUAUUUUGCCCAGUUGAACCGAACGUCGGAGAAACUCGAGAAUGUCUCUGCAACGUUAAAGCAUGCCUGGCUAUCUGUCCUCCUCUCAAUGACACGAGGACGAACGGAAGCCUCGAAGAAAUAGAAGAUUUUGGAAGAUUUCAAGGCAUUCCGCAUGUCUACAGAUCAGACUUGACCAUUGACCUCGAGGGUACCGUGCCCCCCGAAAAAUGGUUUCACAUUUUCGAAUGGGAUCCAUGCGAGGGAGGUCCAGCGUACGAUUUGCAACCAGACAAAUACCCAGCGGACGAGUUCUACCUCCUGAGGAAUGGGACCCUGUUUUUUCCGAGACUGGAGGGGGAUUUCAUGUUUUUGGAUUCCAAGUUGUAUUGCUUGGGGCGGUUUGGUAAUGAUUCGAACUACACUCCGCGGGUGUGCUCACCGGUGGAAGAGGAGAAAACGGAUCCUUAUGCAACCGCGAAUUACGUCGGCGCCAUAAUUUCCGUACCUUUCUUGAUCGUCACGAUAGUUGUCUACUCGGUUUUGAAAGAGCUAAGGAACAUCCACGGAUCAACCCUCAGAUGCUACUUGUUCUGCCUCAUAGCAACUUACAUUACUCUGGCGAUCGAUCGGAUACUUCCUCCUGACUAUAGCGCUGGUCCGUUCUGCCUAUUCGUUGGUUUUACGAUCUACAUCUCGUUUCUCGCCAGUUUCUUCUGGCUGAAUGUGAUGAGCGUCGACAUUUGGUGGAGAUUCGGGGGGUUUGGCUCUCUCAUGAGCAGAGGUAAGGAGCACGACCGUGACAAGUUUCUCUGGUAUUCCAUUUACGCGUGGGGAUGCCCGAUUAUUCUCACAGCGAUUUGCAUCGGCAUGGAAUUCGCUCCUGGCAUUCCAGAGUCGAUUAUCCGUCCGGGGUUCAGGCUGAGGGCGUGUUGGUUUGACACCAAAACCGCCGGAGCUUUGUAUUUUUUUGGGCCGGUGAGCCUCACGAUAGCCUGUAAUAUCGGCUUCUUUAUUUCAACUUCGGUUAAAAUGAUUCAACAGAAUCGAAAUGCGAAACUUCAACUGAACAGCGCAGACAGUCAGCGUCACGACGAUAAUAAAUUAUGGUUUGGUCUGUAUUUGAAGCUGUUCGUCGUAAUGGGUAUCAGUUGGUCGACGGAAGUAAUCUCCUGGGCUUGGGAGAGCCCCCAGUACAUCUGGUACGUUACCGACAUGGUGAACGCUCUCCAGGGUCUUUUGAUCUUUUUCAUAUUCGUAUGGAAAAAAAAAAUCUGGUUAUCUCUGAAGAAGCGGUUUAAAAAUUUGAGAGUAAGUUGGAAAGGGUGCAUUUCAAUCCCUGAAACAUCUACAGGAUCACCUUCUACAUCUCGAAGCUUGGACGAUUUUCCAGGAGCCAAAGAUGGUAACGUCUCUAUUAUUCUCAACGAAAUCAGAAAUCCCACCACUGCGCACGACUCUGAAGACCGGCUGCGGAAAUGAAAAGAAUUAGAUUCAAAUAAUAUAAAAACCAAAAAUUACAAUGUGAAAUUCAGGAUUCAGGAUUCUUAGGUCAUGAAAAAAAAAGUGUGGCCCGUGGUUCCGUUGGAAUUAGAGCUCAAACUUCAGGGGAACUCAUUUUUCGUAAUUGUAACCGUCUGAAAGGUUGGUCUACAAAUUUCAUUUAAAGGACUAGUCUGAUAUAGUUGCAUACUCAAGUGAACACUGCGGGCGUAAAGGGGGUAUAUCAUGAAUAAUCGUUUCUCUUUAUAUUGCCAUGUAUCCCACUAUUGUCCCAGAUCGCAGUUGAGGUGAUACGCAAUUUAAGUUGUUCGAGUAAAUAUUAUUUAGUCGAAAAGAUACCCGAUUCAAUCUCUACUCGCAAUUAAUUCAUGCAUACAAUACACAACACCUGUACGAAUACUUUUAGCAAUAAACAUUGUGAUUACGAUAGGAA